AUGAGGGGAGGGUUUCGGGCCAAGGGAGGGAAGCGGAGUAGGGGGAGAGGGGGGAAGGAAGAAAGGAGGGUUAGAGGUGGGGGGGUGGAGGAAGAGGGAUGGGAGCAAGGAGAGGGGGAGGUGGGGGAGGAAAGAGCAGGUCAUAGCUUACCAAGAACAUCAACAGCAGACAUCCGCUUUGCAGGAUCCUUUUCAAGCAUCCCCUUCAGCAACUCCUUCCCCCCUGCCCCGACUUUCCUCCACCAGGCAGCUUUGAACUUCACCGGCUUCUCCCUAAUCGCCUCGAAAAUCUCCUCAUUGCUGUCUCCUCAUCCUGUCCCUGUUUCUCUCUUCCCUGUCCUCAAACCGCAGUCAGCAGAAGAUGCGGAGGACGUGCGAAAGGAGGUAUCAAUGCUGCAGCAGGUGAAGGGGCACCCAAGCAUCAUUGAAAUACACGACUCAAUGGAGGACCCCCGCCACAUCCACAUCCUCAUGGAGCUCGCUAGAGUGGGGAGGGGAGGCACCUUAGACCCUGCUGUUUCUGAUUUCCCUUCCCUGUCAGCAGAAGACGUGGAGGACGUGCGGAAGGAGGUAUCAAUGCUGCAGCAGGUGAAGGGGCACCCGAGCAUCAUUGAAAUGCACGGCUCAAUGGAGGACCCCCGCCACAUCCACAUCCUCAUGGAGAUCGCUGCAUCAGCAGAAGACGCGGAGGACGUGCGGAAGGAGGUAUCAAUGCUUCAGCAGGUGAAGGGGCACCCGAGCAUCAUUGAAAUACACGACUCAAUGGAGGACCCCCGCCACAUCCACAUCCUCAUGGAGCUCGCUAGAGGAGGCGACCUCUUCGACUGCAUCAAGCAGCGCUGGAGCAAGCAGAGCAAGGAGAAUGCACACAGGCUCGGAGCAGGGAGGAGCAGAGACCGGAGCGUUGAGGGGAGAGUGGGGUUUUCAGAGGAGGAGGCAGCGGUGGUGUUGGUGCGAGUGGUGGAAGCAUUGCAGUACUGCCACUCGCAGGGCAUCAUGCACCGGGAUGUGAAGCCGGAGAACAUUCUGCUGAUGAACCGGGAUAAUGACACGUGCGUCAAGCUCAUUGACUUUGGCGUCGCUGCGAGGUUCCAAGACGGCGUGCCUCUCACAGAGUUUGUCGGCACGCCAUCAUACAUCGCACCGGAGGUACUCGCAGGCUCGUACGGGCCCGAAGCGGACAUCACGGCUCUCACACGACCGGAUCACCCCAAACUGCCCCACGCCCAGCUCCUCCUCCCCCACCUCGUACAGCCGAAUCCCUGUAUGGCCGCCGCAGCAUGUACGUGGUUGGACCUGCCCCCCCGCCCUCUGCCCACGAGGAGAUGCGGCGGUGGGUUCGCGGGCUGGGAGCAGGGCGGAAGGGAUUCUGAGGGGGAGCUUGAAGUGCGUUUUGAAGAGCGUUUUGAGGUGCGAUUUGAGGUGCGUUUUGAGGUGCGUUUUGAGUUGCUUCGCAAUCCAACAACCUCUCCAAUCAGGCGCCUCGCAUUUCUUUCAGUGCUUCCCGCGGGCACAGUCUCUGCUCCUGCCUCUGCCUCUGAGCACCUCUCCUUUCCCCUGUCUCCUCCACAUCCCUCCCUUUUUCCUCCUCUCCCCUCCUCCCUUCCCUCCUCUUUUCCUCCUCUCCUGCGGAUUUCAGCACCAACUCGCCUUGCCCCACAAUUUCCAAAACUGCCCGACGCCUCCUCCCAUCUGCCCCAACCACUGUAA